UGCUUUUGAGCGUGGGACUUUUAUUCUGGACUGAAUAAACUGCUUCACUGAGUACAGCGCGAACACCGUGAAGGUGCACAGAAGUGUUUUUUAAACUUAUACCUGAAAUGAUUAUUGGCGAUACCGCUAGAGUGAACGCAUACAGACACUAUAGAAGACACCAGACAGGCACUGAGUUGUUGUGCAGUUGUUUUGAGAACUUGAUUGUUUGGGUGGACUAUGGACGGAACUGUAGAGACAGUUGAAGUGGAGGGAUCUGCGCGUGGGUCCAUAAGCCCUUCCCUCUGUCACGCUGUGUCCGACCACAACGAGAUAAAUAAACCCGACGACGAGGAUUUGCUGCCUCUCAGGAAUUUUUAUCCCUAUAUUCGCUGUGCCCUCUGCAAUGGCUUUUUCAUUGAUGCAACCACCAUUACAGAGUGUCUUCAUACUUUUUGUAAGAGCUGCAUAGUAAAGCACUUUUUCUACAGCAACAGGUGUCCAAACUGUGCUAUUGUAGUGCAUCAGACACAGCCACUGUACCACGUAAGACCUGAUAGGCAAUUACAAGACAUUGUUUUUAAGAUGGUGCCAUAUUUGGAAGAAGAUGAAAGGUCAAGAAUAAGUGAAUUUUAUAAAAAGAGAGGGCUUGACGUUCCAAAGCCAGUGGCAGUGCCAGCCAUGGGUCCAGUAAAGCUGCCUCAGAGACAUAAGAAAGAUGCCCUGCCUCAGUCUAUUUUUACAAUUCCCUCAGAGCUGGAUGUGUCUCUGAUGUUGGAGUUUUUGGGAGCUGAAGAAGGAGUUGCAAAUUAUAAGCCUCUAGAGAGGAAGUAUGUGCGUGUGUCAGGGCAAGCUACUAUCCGUCAUGUGGAGCUCUUCAUCCGGAGGAAGAUGGAGCUGAGUCCAAAUUGCAAGGUUGAUGUUGUAUGCGGACAGCAUCUCCUUGAGCAGUACCAGUCUUUGAGCGAAGUGUGUAACACCCUGGGGAAAAAUUCAUUUAAGGAUGGGAUGUUGGUUUUACAUUUUGGACUAAUGCUGCCGGCUCAGUGAACCUAUAGAAAGACCAACUACUGUGAACUUAGUCAUAGCGAUUUAAUUUCAAGAGCUAAACUGAGCUUUAAAAGAUUGUAUCCUAUGCAAAAAUGAUGCCUUCCUUGAUCAAUUUGCUAGAAAGAUACCACACUUGUUUCAGCAAAUGCACUGAUAAACUUCAGCACUGUAAUGAGUUAUUUACACCAAACACUGUAUAAUAGCAAUAGAAUUUGGUUUAUUAUUAUUUUUUUUGUAGUUUACAGGUCUGUUAGUUUUCUGUUUUAUACCUCUGUUAUGUUGCAGAAACAUAAGGGGGCGAUUUUACUCUACACCUAGGAGUGCAGGUGUUUUACAAGUUAGGGUAAAAUAGUGUAUGAUUCUAGAACAAUUAACAGUGAUUAUAUUAAUUAAAUAAAAAGAAAAGGUAUAUUUUCUUUGUAAAAUGCAGUGUGCCCACAGUGUCAUAGCAUUGCAAGAUAUUAGUUUUCUCUAAAUGGUUAAUUAUUUCAUUGUCUUCCUCAUCUUUCAAAUGUGAAUCGAGUGCAUUACUCUCUGUGUUUCUCAGGUUUUUUCUACAAAAUCGUCUGAGAAUAAAAAAAUAC